GAUACGCCGAGACUAUCCUCUCUUUCUCUAUAUGUGUCCCACCGGUGACUACCGCCACCCCCUUGCAUUAACCUCUUUCGCUCUCUAAAGAACCAUGCCUCGCGUGCUUUCUAGUUUGGAUUCCUCACCGCCAUUUCUCACCGUAGUUGGCGGCACAACCACCACCACCACCACCACCGUGACUCGACCUCACCUCAGCCAUGACGAGCCAUCUUCUUCGUCGGCAUCUGCUUCGAUCAUGAUAGUAAUCAUCAUCAUCGCCUCCGCCAUUAUCGUCUCCGCUUCUCUCUACCUCUUCCUCCGCUGCCUCACUCGCCACUGCCACCGCACCUUCUACGCCGCCGACGUCGUCUCCUCCUCCCACAACAAUAACAGCAAUUCACGCCGUGUUCGCUGUUCCUACGAGACUCAAAAUGCAUCAAAUGAUUUGAUUAGCUCUCUCCCUGUAUUCACGUUCGGUUCCGUCACCGGAAACCUCGCCGGUGGAGAUUGCUCCGUCUGUUUGUCGAAGUUCGAGACGAACGAUCAGCUACGGUUGCUACCUCUCUGUUGUCACGCCUUCCACGCCGAGUGCAUUGACGCGUGGCUCUCGGCGAAUCAGACCUGUCCAUUGUGCAGGUCCACGGUACAUCCGACCGAGGCCGAUGUACUUGAUAAAAUCCUUUCAUCAUCAGCUACCGUUGAUCGCGGGAACAGUUUCCGAAUUGAGAUCGGAAAUUUGAGCCAGCGACGAGAGGCGUCGGAUUCCAUCGACGCUAGGAAUCGGAGAUCGUACUCCAUCGGCGGCUCCUUCGAGUACAUUAUCGACGACAGUUACGAAGUCUCCGUGGGCUCCACACACCGGCGAGGAGUCUCUGCGAUCGACAAGGACUCCACCGGAGCCCCGGCGAGUGUGCCAGAACCGCCGGGAGAGAAUUUAGCGGCGGAAGUGGCAGGUCGGAGCUGGUUGAGAGAUUACAUGGAUCGACUCUCGUCGAUUUCAUCUCGAACGAUGUCGUUUCGAAGCUCCAACAGGUUUUUCACCGGUAGCAGUCGGCGGAGCGACGCCGUAGUCGCCGUGGAGGACUUGGAAGGGAAUCGUGUUGGAGAAGAAAUCAGCGAAAUCUUUCGGUGGCUCUCAGGGGUAUGACUUGUAAAUUCUCUCCUAAACCAGUGGCAAAAUCAUAAUUUCAAGCUUAAUUCCCACUUUUGCUCCUUCCACUCCAUUCAAAGGAGUAGUGGAUGUAGAAAAAAAAAAUGGAAUGAAUUUGAGUUUUUCCCAUUUCAAAUCAUACAAAAUAGGUGAAAGGUAAACUUGCUAUUGAGAAAGUCUUACAGUAGGUAAUAUCUUUGUUAAUGAUUUUUGUCUCAUAUGUAGUUAUAAUUGAUAGCUAUGAAAUGAGUGGUAGUUAGAGUAAUCAAA